AUGAAAUAAGGUGAAUUUUAAUAAUCAGAAACUACAUAAAAUACUUAAGAAUGCACGAAUUUCACAAAUAAGAAUGACUCAUCACAACAAUUAAAUUUUGGAGAUUCACAAAAUUUAUAUACCUGGGAUUAAUAAUCUGAUGAGUCUUUCGAAUUAGUAAUACUAAGCAAUCAACACCCUGAAAACGAGUGGAUAAAGAAAGAGUAAGUAAUAGUAGUAUACUUAAAAUAAUUGGGGAUACAAAUGAAAACAGACCCUUUAGAAAAGCAAGAGAAGUUUUAUAAAAAACCUAAAAGAAGAUUCAAUAAAUCCAGCACAAUGACGUUUGAUACCAUACCAAAUAAUAAUGAAGAAAGUGACAAUAAGGAAGACACCCAACUUUGUAUUCGAUAAAUGAGUAUAGAAAUGAAUUCAAUCAAAUAAAGAAGAACUCCAAAUUCAACUCCUUAAAGUUCCCCAUUGAUCACUAAAAUCUAAGAGAAAUAAGUACCUCUAAAAUAAUAAAAAAUGUCAAUCUUUUAGAAAAUGAAAGGUUAAUAAUAAGCAUUCUCUUCUGACGAAGAAGAAAUUAAAGAAAAUAUGAAAAGAAAUCAACAUCAAAUAAGUAACGAAUAUUGCGAUGGGAAAAGUGACUCUAGUUAAAAUAAUAUUGAGCAGCACUAUUUCUAAAAUUUAUGCGAAUGA